AUGCAAGUAUCGGAUCUUGGCCUUGCACGGCCAGUCGGAUCCUAUGCAUGGCAGCUAAAUAUUGCUGCGAAUCUGUGCUCGUUUGCGAGAAAACGGGGCUGGACUGCUGGGCAGGACGUGAGCAAGCGCAUCAAGCCUCCUGCCAUGUCCGACCCACAUAUUCCGGAAGCAUCGAGCUCUCCGGAAGCGAAGGAUGCAGAAGCUUCCGACGCGGUUGAUGCGAUGGAGAGCAGUGACGGGAGUGAGUCUGACGAGGAGUCCGCCUCACCUCGGGCAAGGUCCAGCUAUGUGGUGGACAACGAAUCUGGCGUGGCGCUGCUCCUUGAAACCCGAUGUAGACACGGUGCUAGCAGCACCCUGGUCAGUGCCUGGAGGUGUGGCAAGCUGGUUUGGGAGCAUCAGAUUCGAGGAAGCGUAGAGCAUACAACAGUGGCUCAGGGCUUCGUCGCGUUUGCGACGCGCACAGCCCUACACUUGCUCAGCACGGUGGGCGGAUAUGCGUUGUUCCCGCCUAUGGUGCUCGACAGCCCCGUCUUGCAGCUGGACAUCCGAACUGGAGGCUUCCUGCUGGUCCUGGGCUGCGACAGCCGGCUGAGCGUCCUGGACCUGCGAAGGGACAGCAAGCUGGGGCAGGGCCCGGGCGAGACGCCAUCGAAGCUUCUCUUUCUGCAGACGGAGCUCCGGCAGCUCUGCGAGCCGAUGGAUCUGAAGUCCGAGUCCCUUCAGCUCAGUCCAGCAGGCGAUCUAAGCCUUCGUCUGCCGGACGGCCAAGUCCUCUGCUUCGACAGGGCCUGCACGGCAACGCUCUUCGAGGAGGCGCACGCGGCCCCGGCGAUCGGUGGUUUGGUCUUGGCCCAGGCCUUGCACGAGUUCACGCUGCCACCGGAAGUCGUGCUCUUUGAGCCGUCGGCCAACGACAUCCACCGCGGCGGCACCCCCGCGCCGGAGGGAAAGCCGGGCAUCUCGGCAGAGAUGCGGAUUCGGGUGAGUAAUCGCCUGAUAUUCCUGAAUGUGCCCUUGUUGGACUUCGAGCAGAAGGCCCUUGAAAGCCUCCACGAUGCAUUGAAAGACGAGAAGGCUUUGGCUCCAUUGGGCGACGGAGUGAUCCCGUCCUACGUGCGUUUGCAUGCUCUCCGGAUCCUGCAGCAGUCGAAACUGCGUGUAGACAAGGCGCUUAGCACGAUCGCCACGCACUUGGAGAUGCGAGUGCAGAAGAUGCCAGUGCACGAGGAGUCUGUGCUCAACGAUUUGAAGAGCGGGAUGAUGUACUGGCAUGGGAGAGAUCGAUCUUGUCGCCCGGUCCUUAUUUGGCGAAUGGAGAAGAUCACUAAAUUUGACGCAGAUCGGGCCACAAGGAUGAUUCUUUUCAUUCUCGAGUUCGCUGUACGAUACCUGAUGGUCCCGGGGCGAGUCGAGAACUGGGUGCUUAUUGUAGAUUUGGCGGGUUGCGGCCUGUCAAUGGCAGCGGCAUCGUCUUUCCGCACCGUCUGCAGGAACGUGACCCGCUUGUUGGAAGAGGUGUACUGUGGCCGCAACUUCACGACAAAGAUCUUCCACAUGCCUUCAAUUGUCCGGGCGAUUGUGAAUUCGCUGAUACCUGAAGACAAGAAAUCGAAGGUGGAGUUUGUGGCGGAUGCCGACAUUGCGAAGAGCAUGAGGCAGCUCUGCGAGGCCAACCAGCUCGAGGAGCAGUACGGAGGCACCGCUCCCAACGUGAGGGAAGGAGGAGCCUUUCCCUUCCGGUUCUUCCCCCACUGCCGUGGGCCGCGUAGCGGAGGCUCUCCGCCGCUGCCUUCCCUGCACGACAUUGUCGACCGAUCGUUUCACGAAGGCUUCUCCUUGGAUCUUUUUGAGAAGGCCCAGGCGAUCUGGCGACCCUUCAUUGAUCGUCAGCCGCUGACGAAGACCGGAGCCGAAACGGUUUCGAAGCUGCUGGCGCGGAUCAUUUCUCCGACAGACGCCCGGAAGGAGCAGUGGCUGGCUCUGCAGAGCACAGAGGCUGCAAACAAGUAUGCCACGCAGCAUGUAUCCGAAAGGCCCACCGAGGCUCCGGACGUCGAGCCGGAGCCCGUCUCUCCUACACUGUCGAACGCCGACACCCGAACCGCCGAUGCCGCGAAGAGCAACGAGCUGGAGGCCCAGAAGGAGAAGGAGCUGGAGCCGCUGGAGCCGCUGGACUUCGACUUCUCCGGGUCUCUGGUGGUCCAAAAGGAGGAGGCGAAGGUCUUGCCGGUGAUCGAAACGGAAGCGAAGGCAGCCGGGUACUGGGAGCGCCGAGACAAAAGCCCUGUAGGAUGCUUUGUGUGGUCUGCGGUCGUGCGGCAAAAGGCCGCUGUUCCACGUGCCGGCAGCCUGUCCAAGUCUGUCUACUACUGUAGCGAGAGCUGCCAGCUGCUCGACUGGUUCGAGGAUCACGCGGCAUGCUGCCAAGAGGACCGCGGCCUCUCCCUACGGGAGGACGCUGCUCUGUUGGAGGAGGAUCCUGUCCAGCAGGCUACGGAGGUGGCUACAGCCUGGGAGCCCGACACCGACACGCCUCCGAGAACACCCACGCUCAGACCGCCAUCACCGCCCACAGCCGAUGAUUUCACGCCCGAGGAUGAGGCGGUGGAGCUUUGGAGACAAGCGCUUUCGAAGCUGUCGGAAGAGCUGUACAACGAGGAUGAUUUGGAGGACCUGGCGGACUUGGAGGUCCUGGUGGCCAGUGCCGAAGAGAUGCUGAGCAGCGGGAGACCGCGUUGUGAGCUGGUUUCCUUCGGUCCCCGGCCGGUCCUUCUGACGGCACCACACUGUUUGGCACUGCUCCGCGACGGGCAGUCGCCGCACCUGGUGGAGAAGCACACGAUCGAGAUCGCCUCGGGCUGUGCUCGUUUCCUCAACGGGAGCGUCUUGAGUUGGUCGGCUUUGGAGCGGAGGAGGACGGAGCUCUUGUGGAGGCUCUCGAAGCGAGUGAACGAGGAGCGAGGCCGCUUCGACAUCCGGGACGGCUUUCUGCUGGAUCCCAGGAAUCGGGAUCCCAACUUCUUGGCCACCUCGGAGCUGAAGAAGAACGCGUGGUUUCAACAGAUCCGAAAGCUUUCGGAAGCCUGGAGUCUGAAGUUUGGGAUGGAUUUGGAACUGCUUCACGUGGAUGUCCAUGGAUGUCAGGAUCCGCCGAACACCCCGUCGCAUCUCACGGUUGGGCUGGGUGCCAUGUGUUUCCAUGCCAUCGACCUUGGCGACGCGGAUGCCUACGAAGAUGCCAUCUGCUUUGGCAACGCCGUCUGCCGUGAGUUGAGCCAGGUCCUGGCAAAGGCCCAGGGCUUGCGGCCGCGUGCCGCGCUGGUGCGUCUCGCAGCCCCAGGACCUGAGGAGGAGAACUGCGCCCCGCGCUUCUCUGGGGCCUGGCGGGGCGGCCGGCACACGCAGUCGCAACAGGCGAUCAAAGCGGGCUUCAGCCACGCCGUGCAGCUGGAGCUCUCCAAGUCACUGCGAGCGAUCCUGGCCACGGACGAGGUCCUUUUGUCCGGCUUCGCCAGCGCCUUGCGAGCGGCAUGGGUUCAAGCGAAAGCAGCAAAGAUACAAAGGAUAAAAAGACAGAGGUGGUCAGGUGGUCGAAGCGCUAACCGGCAAGCGAGGACGCAUACCUGA